UCCCAGCACUCGCCAGUACCAGUGAGGGAAGGGACGGCCGCCGAGACCAGCACCAAGCGACCUGGAACCUGGGGCCUUUUUUGAUUGCCGGCCGCGCCCGGCGCAAGUACCUGAGUUGGAGACCCUCCCGGGCGCGCACGAAGUCAUAAGGAAACGUCUCCUAAUUGAUGGAGAUGGUGCUGGAGAUGAUCGGAGAAUUAAUCUGCUAGUGAAAAGUUUCAUUAAAUGGUGCAACUCUGGAUCCCAGGAAGAGGGAUACAGCCAGUACCAACGUAUGCUGAGCACACUGUCUCAGUGUGAAUUUUCAAUGGGCAAAACCUUGUUGGUAUAUGAUAUGAAUCUCAGAGAAAUGGAAAAUUAUGAGAAAAUUUACAAAGACAUAGAAUGUAGCAUUGCUGGAGCACAUGAAAAAAUUGCUGAGUGCAAAAAGCAAAUUCUUCAAGCAAAACGAAUACGAAAAAAUCGCCAAGAAUAUGAUGCUUUGGCAAAAGUGAUCCAACAUCAUCCAGACAGGCAUGAGACAUUAAAGGAACUAGAGGCUUUGGGAAAAGAAUUAGAGCAUCUUUCACAUAUUAAAGAAAGUGUUGAAGAUAAGCUGGAAUUGAGACGAAAACAGUUUCACGUUCUUCUUAGUACCAUCCAUGAACUUCAACAAACACUGGAAAAUGAUGAAAAGCUCUCAGAGGUAGAAGAAGCUCAGGAAACAAGCAUGGAAGCAGAUCCUAAGCCAUAGACAAUCGCUCUCCAUUCCCAAGAUUGUUGAAGUAGCAACAUGAUCUUAGUGUGUAGAGAAUUUGUUGUGCUUUUGAGAUAUUUAAAGUUUUGGCAGUGAACUACCUUGCUUUUAAAUAUUAAUGUACAAUUCAUUCAUUUUCUUUGCACAAAGGAAAAUGACUUCAAUAUAGAUUUGUUUUUAUUGAAAUAACUUUCUUAUUCUUAAACUUAAAAGAUAGGAAGCAACAUCCAAAAUUGUUUAAUAAAAUGGUUUCAAAUCAGAUAUGUUUGUGCUCAUAAGAAUUCCAGGUAGAUUUAAACUGUUCACAUUGAUUUGCUUACAAAAUAAGUCGAAGAUUAUGAGUAGAUGCUAUUUCUAGGAUGUACAUGAAAAAAAUGAGCCAAUUUCUGGAAAUUGUUACCACUUUUGAAAGUAGAGGCUUCAGGAGAGUUGUGAACUUAUAAAAUUAUGUGCAAAAUGUUUGUGGUGUAUGCUUAUUAUGCGAGACAGGUUCCAUGAUACUAAGAAUCACUAGUGUAAGAGGUAAUAACAAGAUGCAAAGUAAGUCCAUAUAUAUUACUUUAUAGAUCUCUCUCCUUAAUACUUGAGCAAUGUAGUUGUUAAAUGUUAAGUUCAUAUAUUUUCUCUCUACUGUUUUGUUCUUUAAGAAUCAUUUUCAAUGGAAAAAGAAAUGUAUUGCUAAAGUGAAGAGUAGUUUGCGAUAAAUUUUUCGUGAAGAUAUAAAGGAUUUCAUGAUCUUUUUAAAAAUUAAGCUAAGGCUGAAUCAUUUGUAAUUGUUUAAGUAUUGAAUAACAUUUUAAAUGCUUGUUAGAUUCCAUCCUUAUUUAUUUAUUUCAGUUCAAAAACAUGACACUUUGCAUCAAUCAUACCUUAGUAAUGUUACGUUUUUAUACUUUUAGUAAGAAUUCUUAUCUUUAAAAAUGAGUUUAAAAUUAGCCCAGUAGUAGUCAUAUUAAAAAUGUCAUAAUAUUUUAAAUGCUUCCUCUAAUAUCAUCUGGCAAAUCAUGGGAGAAAUUUCUUUGCAGAAUUGCUAUGCCUUAAUAAAUGUUUCAUUAUUAGUAAGAA